AUGAGCACAUGGGGUGGUUCCCAAACCCCCAAUGUCCCCCCACGAGGGUCUUCUGGCCAGGACGGGGGUCCUGCUGUGGGUGCUCAUGUCCACGGCUCCUGGCCCUCGCUGCCACCCAAAUCGGUGCUCCCUGGCCCCAGAUCCAGUCCAGUGUCCCACGCUCGUGGCAACAUCGGUGCUGAUGUCGCGCAGCGGCUGGUGCUGGUGGCAGAGCUGAUACCAAUUCCCGGAGUGGUGCCCAUGCCGGUGUCGGUGGCAGUGGUGGAGGUGCCGGUGCCGGUGCCAAUGCUGGUGCCGGUACCCGGUGCCAGUGGACUGUGGCAGUGCCGGUGCCGGUGGCUGAGCCGCCGCCGGUGCCGGUGUGGGUGCCCGUGCCAGUGCCGGUGGCGGUACCGGGGCCGCGCCGGUGGCGGAGCCGCUGCCGGUGCCGCCCGGAGGAGGCGGAUGCGAUUCCCCGGCUGCCCGUGGCUGCUCGGCGGGGCGGCGGGGCCCGGCCCGUGCGCAGGCACCCAGCGGCCCCGGCCCCGCUCCCGGCCCCGGCCCCGGCCCGGCCCCUCUCCGCGCUCGCCGCCGCCGCCGCCCGGCCCCAGCCCCAGCCCCAGCCCCGGCCGCGGCCGCCGGGGCCCGGCCCAGCUCCGCGGGGCCAUGGCCGAGUGGGCGCCCGCCCAGGUGCAGGAGUGGAACAUGGAGGCCCCUCACCUGAUGCCGCUGCAGCCGCCGCUGCUGCCGGAGCGCGCGCACGUGCGGGAGGCGCAGCUCCACUCCGCAGAGGCCUCGCUCUGGACCGUGGUGGCCACGGUGCAGGCCAUGGAGAGGAAGAUCGACCUCCUGGCCACCCGCCUGCUCAGCCUGGAGGGCCGCUCCGGCACGGCCGAGAAGAAGCUGCUGGACUGCGAGAAGACGGCCAUGGAAUUUGGGAACCAGCUGGAGAGCAAGUGGGCCGUGCUGGGCACCCUCAUCCAGGAGUACGGGCUGCUCCAGCGGCGCCUGGAGAACGUGGAGAACCUCCUGAAGAACAGGAACUUCUGGGUGCUGCGGCUGCCCCCCGGCCCCCGGGGCGAGGUCCCCAAGGUGCCGGUGACAUUUGUUGACAUCGCCGUCUACUUCUCAGCGGAGGAGUGGAAGAACCUGGAGGAGUGGCAGAAAGAGCUGUACAACAACCUGGUGAAGGAGAACUAUGAGGCUUUGCUGUCCCUGGAUGGGGCCCUCUCCAGGAGCGAGGCCCAGCCCCGCAGCGAGCGCGGGGACGGGCCCUGUGUCCCCGAGCAGCGGGAGCUGGAGCAGAGGGAGCUGCCACCGGACACCUGCGCGGAGUCGCUGAUCUCCACCUCCGACAUCCUGUCCCGGAUCAAGCAGGAGGUGGCCUUCGUGGGGGAGCAGCAGUUCCCCGAGGAGCGGGGGAUGCCGCCAGACCCCUGUGCAGGCGCUGACGCCCUGAUCACCGCGCACGACUUCUUGUCGUGGAUCAAGCAGGAGGAAGAGCCCUGUGUCCGGGAGCCCUGGGAGCUGCCCGAGAGGGAGAUGCUGCCCCCGGGCCCUGGUCCUGCCAGCGAGGGGCUGCUGGUGAAGACGGAGGAGCGGUGCCCCCACACCGAGCCCCCCGAGGAGGUGGGUUUGCCGGGCAGCUCCGGGGAGCUGCUCUUCCCCGGCACGGGCUUCGGGACCCCCGAGGGACAGGCGGCGGUGCCAGCUGCGGUGGCUCUGCCGGCGCAGCACAGACUGGGCAAAGCUCCGGGCCCCGAGCCGGGCCCGGGGGCCGAUGCCGGGGGCGUCCCCGCGGCGCCGCCGGGCCCCGCCGAGGAGCGGCCGCACGGCUGCGCCGAGUGCGGGAAGAGCUUCAGCGGCAAGAAGAGCCUGCGGAUCCACCAGCGCAGCCACGCGGCCGAGCGGCCCUACCCGUGCGCCGAGUGCGGCAAGAGCUUCAAUUGCCACUCGGGGCUGGUGCGGCACCAGAUGAUCCAUCGCGGCGAGCGGCCCUACAAGUGCUCCGAGUGCGGCAAGUGCUACAGCCGCAAGGAACACCUGCAGAACCACCAGCGGCUGCACACCGGGGAGCGCCCCUUCGCCUGCGCCCAGUGCGGCAAGAGCUUCAUCCGCAAGCAGAACCUGCUCAAGCACCAGCGCAUCCACACCGGCGAGCGCCCGUACCAGUGCCCCGCCUGCGGCCGCAGCUUCCGCUACAAGGAAUCGCUCAAGGAUCACCAGCGGGUCCACGGCGCCGAGGCGGGCCCGCCGCCGCUGCCCCCGCCCGGGAUCCUUCCCCCCGGGGACUAGGGGCCACCCCGCCGCGACGGGGACGGUCCCCGGCCACGCAGCUUCCGACCAAACCGAGGUGCCCGGCCGGGGCGGGGGGCAGGCGGGGAGCCCCCGGGGUUGGGGUGCGGGGACGAGCCCCCAGGUCCCCCGCCACGGACGGACACUUCACCCCCAGCGCUCCCCCCACGGACAAUGUCGCCGCACGGGGUGGGGGGCAGCCCCCUCGCCGUGUCCCCCCGCGCCACCCCCGCCUGCCGCUCUGUCCCCUCGCCCCCGCUGCUUAUUUUUACUGCCCCCCUCCCCCCGCGCCGUCCCGCUGUACAGUGCUUGGGGUGUAGUUUUGUAUGGACGAAGCGAUACGGAAUAAAGUCGUGCUGGGCUGCAGAGCCUUCAGCACCCCCGCC